CCGCUGGAGGACAGUCUGGAUAGGACAGUCUGUCUGUGUGAACUCUGGGAGGAGAGGAAGCGCUGCGCUGUUAAAACUCACAGGAUUUACACUCUCUGCCAUUUUGAGGGGGAAAAACCCGGUCGACAUCAGGAGUACAGACGCGUCCAUUAAAACAAGAAGUCAUGACCUGAAUCACAGUGAACUCCAUGCUGCGGAUCUAGGAAGAAGGCCUCGGGGGGGACAGUUACCCAACAAAGGAGUAAUUGUUGAUUUGGAACCGGUCAUCGGUCCUCUUCAUUCGCCAUGUGUUCCACAAAUCACUCAAACUGGGUCACAUUUGAAGAUGACAACACACCGCUCUCAUCACCUCAAAAGCCCCUACAGUCGCCAGGGCUCAUCAAAGCGUCAGUGCCGCGUCCCAACGGUCUGAAAUUAGUUCUUCCUCCAAUCAGAGAUACUUCCUGGAGCUUCAAUAGCUCUCUGGAGUCCCCUCAAAGCCACUCGAGUCUAAGUGGAAGUUCCUGUGUACCAUGUAACACGCCCUUUUGCACUCCUGUGAGUGGGGUUCCUAGCGGUGCGUCCCCAUUUCACUCCAACACUCGGGAAAAGAACGACUACUUCCGGAGUCUCUCCAGCACGUCUACCCCCUCUGUUCCCUCUCCUGCACCAGAGGCCCCGCAUCAAACCUCAGACGGCCCAAGCCCUUUCCCUUCUUUCCAGGGGAACUCAGGACACUAUAACCCCUUCUGGGAUGGAUCUAGACACAGCGCCGACGUGGACAGCUCCUCCUCCUCAGACUCAGAAUCUGACCACAGCCUACCCCGUUUCUUUAUUCGGACCAAAGACGGCAGCGAGCCUCCGCGCGACCACCUCCAGAGCUCCUUCUCCUACGUUUGCCACAAACUGGAAGGCCUACGAGCAGAAACGGAAGAAGGAACGGAGACGGAAAAAGACGGGGAGAGGCGGCUAAGUUGCAAAAGCGAGGUGUUAAGCGAGGGUUCAUCUCAGUUCGUCCCUCGGGGUCUGUUCCGUAGCCAGAAGAGAGACGGCUGGUCUGUCUUGCUCAGGAUUCCUGAAAAAAAGAACCGCAUGUCUUCGCGACAGUGGGGGCCAAUCUACCUCCGCCUGUUGCCGGGAGGUGUGCUGCAGAUGUUCUACGAGAAAGGGCUGGAGAAGCCGUUCAAGGAGUUCCAGCUUCUCCCCCAAUGCAGGCUCUCGGAUCUCAAACUGGAAAGCUACGGCGAGCCGCGCAAAGUCCUCUCGGUCAAGGUGGAACAUUUCUCGUACAUUGAAAAGAAGCGGUACCACCCCAAGCUGGAGGUCAGUCACGAGGCGGAGGCGGAAGAGCUGCUCAAGUUUGGCUCCACGGCGCACGACGACAUGGAGGACCUGGUAGUCUCCAUGGAGGAGGAAAUCUUCAAAUUGUGUUUGCACCACCAGCAGAGGCGGCACUACGAGGAGCAGGAGCUGAACUUGCAGAUCACCGAUCACAUCUGGGUACAACUGGAUAAGUCCGGCGACGUCAUGGAGCGGACGGCCUUCACCCAGAUUCACUGUCUCUCUUUCCUGAACGGAAUAGGGGAUUGUUUUCUCGCCCUUAACGAUCUCGGGCUGCUGCGCUCCCACUCCAGCUACGGCUCCGAGGAGGACGGCGAGCUCUGGAUGGAGAUCGCAGACUGCCAUUUUCAUAGAUGUGUGAACGAGACAGACUUUCAGAGGUCCCGACUGGUAAAGUUCUCUCCGCCCGAGGCCUGCAGGGUGGAGCUGAUGCGGUAUAAGACGGCGCUUUUGGGUUGCACGGAAAUUCCCUUCUCGAUUAAAGCCGUCGUCACGGUUCAAGGUGCCUACGUGGAGCUCCAGGCAUUUCUUAACAUGUCGGCCUCCUUCCUGUCCGCAGUGGGGGUGUCUGACACGAACCCGCUGUGCGAGAAUGUAGUGAUCCGUGUGCCGGUGCCAGGCGACUGGGUCAAAGUGACGCAGACAGUGGCUCUGCUGCGGCAGAGGUCGCUGAAGGCCCGUAUGAACAGAAACGCCUGCUUGGGCGCCGUCAGCGCUGCAGAUUCACAGCCUGUCAUGCAGGUGACAAUCGGCACUGUGAAGUAUGAGAAUGUAUAUUCAGCCGUCGUGUGGAGGAUCGACCGACUGCCCGCGAAGAAUACGGCAGUGGAUCAUCCCCAUUCAUUUUCCUGCAAGCUAGAGCUGGGAUCAGAUCAGGAGAUCCCAAGUGACUGGUACCCUUUUGUCACGAUGGAAUGUGAAAUUAUGGGCGCGGUCGUGUCACAGACCAGAGUGAAGUCAAUGGGCACAGCCAACGACAUCCAGCCGCAGAAACACGUGACCAGUUGGACACGUUAUCAUUGUCAGGCCAAACUCUACUGGUCCAUCAUUGAUGAUGUGAUUGAGAGUAUGAGGGAGCUCUUCUUGGAUGAAGGGCUUGAAGACCGCGUCCUGGAUGAUUUAAGACAUCUUUGGGAGUCAAAGAUGAUGCAGUCAAAGGCAAUGGAAGACUUCAGGAAAAAUAAUAUCAACUCAUCCAACUUUGUGCUGCAGCUCCCUGCCAACUACAGUCGGACUGAUGGAGAACUAACAGCCUCAGUUGUGAUCCCCAGUCACAAUAUCCACAGUUUCCCAAUGAAAAACAACUCGGAGACACUUUCUACUUUUUCUCUCCCUGCUGGGUUGUCUUACCCUGUGCAGAUACCAGCUGGAGUCACUCUACAAACAGCUUCUGGUCAACUUUACAAGGUCAAUGUUCCCGUUGUGGUUACUCAGGCCCCAGCAGCAGGUCAGCCACUUGCAUCCCGACCCACGCAGAAAGUCAUCGAGCAGAGAGAAGAAGCUGCUGCCCCUCAGUCAGCUGCUGUCCCACCAAAUCAUCCUCAGGAGGUGGAGCCAGCCUCUCUUCCUGCUACCUCUGUCACACAUCCGCCACAUCCAAAUACCAGUUUACCCCACGGUCAGGAGAGCAGCGUCCCCCAGCAGCCACCAGUUCCUGCUGCUGACACCUCGUCUCCUCAGGGGGCCCGCUCUCCAGAGCCAGAGGUCACACUGGAAGUAAAUGAGCCGAGUCCUCAACUCAAACCUGUGAACCUGAGUACGAGCGCCUCACCCCGCAGUCAAUUAGACUUCCAGAUCAGCGCCGAGGACGCUUUGACAGAGACGGCACAGUUAAAGACCAGAGACAUCGACGACAUCCUGAAAGAGGUGAUCGAGGAGGAGAGAGAGAAGGCAGAAAGGGCGAGGAGUCUAGCGUCUGCAAAGACUGACGACCAGUCUGAGGCUAUUCUCGGGCUGGACCUGGACUACAGCUACAGCGAACUGUCAGACAUCGUGCAGCUGGAUGGUCCUGCAGGCAACUCUGACAUGGAAGAGGAAGAGGGAGUUCCUCUGGAAGAGAACGACUUUCUGGGUAUGAUCAACGCAGAGGCCAUAAAGGCCCUGCAGGAAGGACACGGCAGCAGUGACGGCGACAGCAUCUCCUCCAGCGGCGACAGCGAUGCAGCAGAUGAACUCGCUAAUGUAGAGGAAGAGGAUCCUUUGAACUCAGGUGACGAUGUGAUUGAACAGGACAUCCCCGAUCUCUUUGACACCGACAAUGUAAUCGUUUGCCAGUAUGACAAAAUUCACCGCAGUAAGAACCGCUGGAAGUUUCAUUUGAAAGAUGGAGUGAUGUGUUACGGAGGCAGGGACUACGUGUUCUCCAAAGCUGUUGGGGAAGCCGAGUGGUGAAGAGCUUUAGUGCUCUUGAACGCAUCAUGUUGAAUGUGGGGAAACUGAUUUAAAAAGAGAAAAAUAAUCAGUGAAUUUAGACCUCUCGCUGGUGUAAUUUGGCUCACGGAGCAGACAGCUAAAACGCUUCUGUGCAAAAUCACUGAUGCUUUUUGUUUUUUUUUCAUUAUGUAAUUAUCAGAGAAAUACUGCAAGUCAUUUACGAUGUUACAACCAAUUAAUUAGAGCAUUGCUUGUAAAUCCAGUCGACUGACACAAACAGCAUGAAUUUAUGUUGUAUGAUAUUUUGCUGAAAGUAGUUUUCUUUAUUAGCGGAGCAGAGCAUAAUUUGGCCAGGAAUGUGUUUCAUUCUGUCAUGAUCGUGUUGCUUUGAAGGUACCUAAUGUGCUGUUUGAUUUUCCGACAUUGUAAUGUCUUGCCUUUAAUCAUGCUUCAAAUACACUGAACUGCACUGCUGUGCUGCAUUCAAUGAACACUGUUUUUUCUGU